UAUAUUUAUCAUACUUCUCCCCUCUUCAUUUUCCACAUGAAACCAUCUUUCUCUACUAAUAACUUUCCAAAAUGGCUGCACAUCAAUUCCCUAAGAACUCCAUGUACCUCGACGAAAACCCCGAAGCUGCCGUUAAGAACUUCAUUGACGACGAUGGUCGAGAGAAACGAACAGGGACGUGGGUUACGGCGAGUGCCCAUAUAAUAACAGCGGUGAUCGGGUCGGGAGUUCUAUCUUUGGCGUGGGCGUUAGCGCAGCUCGGUUGGGUGGCCGGACCGGCGGUUCUGGUGGCGUUCUCUAUGAUUACAUAUUUCACAGCCACUCUUUUGGCGGAUUGUUAUAGAGCUCCGGACCCUGUUACUGGAAAAAGAAACUAUACGUAUAUGGAUGUUGUUAAAGCUCACUUGGGCGGUAGAAAUGUUAAAUUUUGUGGAUUGGCUCAAUAUGGUAAUUUGGUUGGUGUUAGCAUUGGUUACACUAUUACUGCUUCUAUUAGCAUGGUAGCGGUGAAAAGAUCGAACUGUUUCCACAAGAAUGGACAUGAUGCAGAUUGCAACCCUUCUCAAUAUCCCUUCAUGAUAAUAUAUGCAGCCAUACAACUUAUACUUAGCCAGAUCCCUAACUUUCACAAGCUCUCAUGCCUAUCGAUUAUCGCUGCCGUCAUGUCUUUCGCCUACGCCACCAUCGGCGUUGGACUUUCAAUCGCAAGAGUUGUAGGUGGUGGACACGUACGAACAACGUUGACGGGUGCGACGAUUGGUGUUGAUGUUACAGGAGAGGAGAAAAUAUUUAAGGCAUUCCAAGCUCUUGGGGAUAUUGCGUUUGCUUAUUCCUACUCUAUGGUUCUCGUUGAAAUACAGGACACAUUGAGAUCGAACCCGCCAGAAAACAAAGUUAUGAAGAAGGCAAGCUUUGUAGGCAUCUCAACCACUAGUCUUUUUUACGUACUCUGUGGUUGUGUUGGAUAUGCAGCGUUCGGAAACGAUGCACCUGGAAAUUUCCUUACUGGAUUCGGCUUCUACGAGCCCUUUUGGCUCAUUGACCUUGCUAAUGUCUGCAUUGUUGUCCACCUAAUUGGUGCUUACCAGGUCUUCUGCCAACCAUUUUACGGGUUUGUGGAAAAAUGGUGCAACAAAAAGUGGCCAGAAAGCAAAUUCAUAACAACAGAGCACAUCAUCAACUUACCUUUUAAUGGAGAGUAUCAGCUUAACUACUUCAGAUUGAUUUGGAGGACAGUAUAUGUUAUAAUGACGGCUGUGGUAGCGAUGAUAUUCCCAUUCUUCAAUGAUUUCCUUGGAUUGAUUGGGGCAGCUUCAUUUUGGCCAUUGACAGUAUACUUCCCUGUAGAGAUGUACAUAGCAAGGACUAAACUGCCCAGAUUCUCUUCCACUUGGAUCUGGCUGAAGACAUUGAGCUGGGCCUGCUUGGUCAUUUCACUCAUCGCUGCUGUUGGAUCCAUUCAAGGCUUGAUCCAAGAUGUCAAGACAUACAAACCCUUCAAAAGUUAGCAUUGAUUAGUAGUAAACUUAGUAAUCUUUAAAACACCACCUGCAAGAAGUAAAUUAGUGUGUCCAGUGAGUUUGAAUUUAUAACUACUACUAAAUUUUCAACAUGUUAGCAGAGCCUCAACAUUAUGAAAGAUAUGUGAAAAAAGAAACAAUGCAAUUUCUCAAUAAAAAUAUCCUUGUGCAA